UGGCCUCUCGAGCGGAGACGCGCGGGGCGCCGAGUGGCCGACGCGGUGUCCGCUGGCGAGGCGGGCGGUCGUCCUGUCUUUGUACACCCGAAUCCCUCCUUUGCCGCCUUCUCGCUGCCACAGCUUCCCGGGACGAUGGUGCCCCGCCUGCUGCUGCUGCGCGCCUGGCCCCGGGGCCCUGCGGCUGGCCCGGGAGCCCCCAGCCGGCCCCUCAGCGCCGGCCCCGGGCCGGGCUCUUACCUGCAGCGCAGCAUCGUGCCCACCAUGCACUACCAGGACAGCCUGCCCAGGCUGCCUAUUCCCAAACUUGAAGACACCAUUAGGAGAUACCUGAGUGCCCAGAAGCCUCUCCUGGAUGACAGCCAGUUCAGGAAAACAGAACAAUUCUGUAAGAGUUUUGAAAACGGAAUUGGAAAAGAACUGCACAAGCAGCUGGUUGCCCAAGACAAGCGGAAUAAACACACGAGCUACAUCUCAGGCCCCUGGUUUGAUAUGUACUUAACUGCUCGAGACUCCGUUGUUCUGAACUUUAAUCCAUUUAUGGCCUUCAAUCCUGACCCCAAACCCGAGUAUAACGACCAGCUCACCCGGGCGACCAACAUGACCGUUUCUGCCAUCCGGUUUCUGAAGACGCUCCGGGCUGGCCUACUGGAGCCGGAAGUGUUCCACCUGAACCCUGCCAGAAGCGACACCAACACCUUCAAGAGACUCAUACGCUUCGUGCCUUCCUCUCUGUCCUGGUACGGGGCCUACUUGGUCAACGCAUAUCCCCUGGAUAUGUCCCAAUAUUUCCGGCUUUUCAACUCCACGCGUUUACCCAAACCCGGUCGGGAUGAACUCUUUACAGAUGAAAAGGCUAGACACCUCCUGGUUCUAAGAAAGGGAAAUUUCUAUGUCUUCGAUGUCCUGGAUGAAAAUGGGGACAUGCUGAGCCCCUCAGAAAUCCAGGCACAUCUGAAGUACAUUCUCUCGGACAGCAGCCCAGUCCCCGACUUUCCCCUGGCGUAUCUGACCAGCGAGAACCGGGACGUCUGGGCAGAGCUCCGGCAGGAGCUGGCGACUGGCAGCAAUGAGGAGGCCCUGAGCAAAGUGGACUCUGCCGUGUUCUGCCUCUGCCUCGAUGACUUCGCCAUCAGGGACCUUGUCCACCUGUCCCACAGCAUGCUGCAUGGCGACGGCACUAACCGCUGGUUUGAUAAGUCCUUCAACCUCAUCCUGGCCAAGGACGGCACCGCUGCCGUCCACUUUGAGCACGCCUGGGGAGAUGGUGUGGCGGUGCUCAGGUUUUUUAACGAGGUCUUUAAAGACAGCACGCAGACUCCUGCCAUCACUCCGCAGAGCCAGCCGGCCACCCUUGACUCCGCGGCGGCCGUGCAGAAGCUCAGCUUCGAGCUGAGUGAUGCCCUGAAGGCCGGCAUCAGCGCUGCCAGAGAGAAGUUUGAGGCCACCGUGAGAACCCUCACCAUCGACUGCAUGCAGUUUCAGAGGGGAGGCAAGGAGUUCUUGAAGAAGCAGAAGCUGAGCCCGGACGCGGUGGCCCAGCUGGCCUUCCAGAUGGCCUUCCUGCGGCAGUACGGGCGGACGGUGGCCACCUACGAGUCGUGCAGCACCGCGGCGUUCAAGCACGGCCGCACCGAGACCAUUCGGCCCGCGUCCGUCUUCACCAAGAGGUGCUCCGAGGCCUUCGUCAGGGAGCCCUCAAAGCACAGCGCCGGCGAGCUGCAGCAGAUGGUGGCCGCCUGCUCCAAGUACCACGGCCAGCUGACCAGAGAAGCGGCAAUGGGCCAGGGCUUUGACCGACACCUGUUUGCUCUGCGGUGCCUGGCAGCAGCCAAGGGGAUCGUCUUGCCUGAGCUCUACCUGGACCCUGCGUACGGGCAGAUAAACCACAACAUCCUGUCCACCAGCACGCUGAGCAGCCCGGCCGUGAGCCUGGGGGGCUUUGCCCCUGUGGUCCCUGAUGGCUUUGGUGUUGGGUAUGCCGUCCAUGACAACUGGAUAGGCUGCAAUGUCUCCGCCUACCCGCACCGCAAUGCCCGCGAGUUCCUCCAGUGUGUUGAGAAGUCUUUAGAAGACAUGUUUGAUGCCUUAGAAGGCAAAUCCCUCAGAACCUAGCCCGGGGCAGGUGGAGCGCCUCCACUGCUUCCUCAUGCUGAAAAUGGGGACCUGUGCACCCGGUGGGUGCUGUCCUGGGCCUAAUGAAGGUGAUCGUCAGGGGCCUGGGCCUCCAGAGCCGCAGGCCUGAGCUUUAAAAUCAUGGAUUUAAAGCGAGCAUGUGAUUUCCAAGUGGGACUCGAUGAGGAGAGGGUUCAGUUUGAAGAGCGUUUGAUCAGGAGCUAGGGUUUGGGACGAUAACUCAGGUGCUUUUAUUAUUUAAGCAGAAAUAAAUGUGGCUGCUGCUUGGAGAGGAGUCCUCGUCAUUGCCUCCCUCUGGUGGCCUUGUGUCCAUGGAGGACCUGCCCACAGAAGGCUCAGGAGGUUCAGGGAGCCGCGCCGUCUUCAGGUGCCGUCCUGUCCGCGGCCUGGCCCGGUCCCGCCCCUGCUGCCAGGGAUGCGCUGCUGCUGCUCCGUCCGCCCUGGAGGCCGUGCCCCUGGCUUAGGGAAGUGCCACUGUCCUGUCGCCUGGCAGUGUUUGCGGUCCCCAGCUGUGGCUGAGGGUGGGAGGCGUGACUCUUCACACCUUGCACUGAGGAACCCAUGUCACCGAGUGGACCGCACACAGACGGUUCCUCACCAGUUCACUGUCAAAACCCUGCCGUAACGUGAAAGAGUGCUUUUAUCACUGCUGAAAAGGAAGGGGUCUCAUUGGUGUCUAAUUUGCCAUUAGUUUGCAUUCCCAGUGGCUUCCCAGCCAGUUGUCGGUACAGCUGGGAUUUUUUAAAAUGUGUAUUUAUUAUUUACUUGAACAGUAAUUACAGAAGGUGGGUGGAGUUAGGGAGUGGGAGGGAGAUCGUCCAUCUGCUGGUUCACUCCCAACAGCUGCUGGGGCUGAGCCAAGCUGAAGCCAGGAACCAGGAACUCCAUCUGGGUCUCCCACGUGGGUGCAGAGGCCGAAGUAAUAGGACCGUCCUCCACUGCUUCCCCAGGUGCACUAGCAGGGAGUUGGAUUGGAAGUAGAGCAGCCAGGACUAGAACUGGUGCUCAGAUGGGACGCCGGUGUUACAGACCUGCUGUGCCACAAUGCCAGCCCCAACAGCUGGGAUUUGAAUUCUGGAAUGACUAGGUGACAGAGUACUUUCAAUGCUUUACUUCAUUUAAUCUUCCUUAUAGGGGUCGGCACCGUGGUGCACUAGGUUGAUCCUCCGCCUGCGGUGCCAGCAUCUCAUAUGGGCGCUGGGUUCUAUAGUCCCGGUUGCUCCUCUUCCAGUGCAGCUCUCUGCUGUGGCCCGGGAGUGCAGUGGAAGAUGGCCCAAGUGCUUGGGUCUCGCACCCGCAUGGGAGACCAGGAGGAAGCACCUGGCUGCUGGCUUUGGAUUGGUGCAGCUCUGGCCGUAGUGGCCACUUGGGGAAUGAAGCAACGGAAGGAAGACCUUUCUCUCUGUCUCUCUCUCUCUCACUGUAUCUUUGCCUG